AUGGAUUGUUGCAACUACGUGCAGCCUUACACCGGGGCCGGACAUUUCUACCAGCAACAUCAUUUCUGUUAUGAUAACAUGAACGCUCAUGCCGCCUACGCCGCGGCUCCUGUUUCCAACGCGGUCGAAGUCAACGCGCGGUACAACAGACUGCCACCUGCGUAUCCGACAGAUUACGUGUACAACCCCAAAGAGGCCAGGCUGAGGAAAGCUAUGAGAGAGCAGAGCAGAGAACUGUCCAGGCAAUCCAUCUUGCAGACUGCGAUCGCAACCGCUGCCGGAAAUGCGACUUCUCCUGGUGUAAACGGCAUCGACAUGUCCGGGUCCAACAAUUUUGGAAACCAUCCAGCAGCCUGUGCAUCCCCAGCAGCAUCCUCCUUACCUGGGAGUCCUUCGGUCAACCCCAGCAGGAUCAUCAACCCCUGGUUCUCCGUUGGUCCUCCUGCAUCCGCGGGUCACCUGAAACCUGCUCUGUCGCCUCGAGUCAUGGCGGCUCACCAGCGGACGUUGGACAAAUCCAAGGAAGCUCUGAGGAAACAAGUCGAGUGUGCUGCUGCUGCUAGGUCUUAUCCUGGAAACUCGAUGCCUUCUUACUCGGACUUUCCUGGACAUGGGGGGUCCAGUGGGGUAGGUCCUGGUCCGGGCCAAGGGAACAACGAGUACUGCAUAAUUGCCGAAUUUUCCGAGGGCCAGAAGUGGCAUCCUUAUCAAAACGGUGCCGGGGCGUAUCACCAACGAGGGUCACCAAUGGCCAAGAUUGGUGGUCUCCAUCCAAACAUGCAAGGCACCAAUCCUCAUGGACCCUGGGGUCCAUUUUGCGGAGUACCUUUGUCAAACUCAUCUGGUCAGGGGACGCUGAUAAGAGGUCCUCGGCACAUGGUGUUCCUGCAGGAGCACCAGAACCAGCACUGCAACUUCAACGAGGAGCUGCAGCUGCCCUACGGUCCCAGCAAGGUGGAGAUCAGCCACCGUCUGCACGCGGCCUACCCCCAAGAGGAGCACCAGCUCCCGGCCGAUUGCCAAACCCGGGAGGUCUGCAAGUCGGAUUCAGGUCGACCUGAAUCCAGGAUGAGGAGCGAGCAGAGACCCCUGCAGGAAGGCUGGUACCUCCCCCAGCAAGCAAAGGGUCCCAGCGUGCCAACUCUGCCGCAAAUCCCCCACCUGCAGCAGGAGAGCAACAAGUGCCCCGAGGAAGGUCCCAGGUGGGAACCCCCUGACGGACCUUCGGUGACGGGCGCCGAUCCCGGGGUUCCCGGACUGAUAUCCGGUCCCAAACGGGAACUGGAACUCCCCCAGGAUCAGGAUCAGGGCCGCGAAUUGUGCCAAGAGUCCCAAUACGUAGAGAGGGUCGAACUGAAGCAGAAGAUGAGCUGCAAGCAGCCCUUGCCUGGGUUCCAUCAGGCCUUCGGCUCCACCGAGAUCGGCAGGUUCUCCAGGUCGGAGUUCUUCGCCAACAUGGUCGGCGACAGCGGCAACGUAAGUAUCAGCCGAAGCUGCAAUGGCCAAUCCAAUGGGGAUCCCAAUGGUGGCGGGAACUAUAGUCUGACCUACUAUAACGAAGUUAGGAGUCCUGGUGCUCCGACUCCGCGUUGGCACAGCCCCUACGUCAGCGCGGUAGGUAGCGAAAUUUAA